CCUGCAAGCUGCAUCAGGAUUUAUCCUACGUGUUCCUUUGGUGAACCAGGUUCACUUAAACUUGCAAAAAGAUGACUGACCUCUUGAGAAGUGUUGUCACGGUCAUUGAUGUUUUUUACAAAUACACCAAGCAAGAUGGGGAAUGUGGCACACUGAGCAAGGAUGAACUAAAGGAACUUCUGGAGAAAGAGUUCCGUCCAAUUCUGAAGAACCCAGAUGAUCCAGAUACAGUGGAUGUUAUCAUGCACAUGCUAGAUCGAGAUCAUGACCGAAGACUGGACUUUACUGAGUUUCUUCUGAUGGUAUUCAAGCUGGCUAUGGCCUGCAACAAGGUUCUCAGCAAAGAAUACUGCAAAGCUUCAGGGUCAAAGAAGCAUAGCCAUGGUCAUCGACACCAAAAGGAAGAAAGUGAAACAGAAGAGGAAGAAGAAGAUACACCAGGACAGAAAUCAGGUUACAGACAUUCAAGAUGGAGUGAGGGAGAGGAGCAUGGUUAUGGUUCUGAGGGUUUAAGGGGAGCUAGGAAACAUAGACAUGGGUCAAACUCCAAGAGGCUGGGAAGGCAAGGUGGUUUAUCUAGCUCAGGAAACCAAGAGCAAUUUGAGAAAAGACACCAUUGGUCUAGCUCUGGUCACUCAUGGAGUAGUGGCAAAGAAAGACAUGGUUCCAGCUCUGAGGAGCUGGAAGAAAGAAGAAACAAGUCACACGUUAGCCCCUCUAGGGAAUCUGAGAAGGAAUAUGAAUCUGGAUCUAGAUUAAAGAGCAGGAGAAGGAAAGGUCAUAGUGGUCUGUCACAUGGAUUGGAUGAUAGUGGACAUGAAUCAAACUCUACUCAGUCAAGACAGAGUGGAGGACAAAAGCUUGGAUCUAGUUCUAGAGGCUCAGGAGACAAUGGAAGGCAAAACUAUGUAUGCGGUUCCAGCAACUCAUGUGGGUGUGGAAGGCCACAAAAUGUUUCUACUUCUUGUCAGGAAGGUAGAUUUGGAGGGCAAGGAAAUCAAUCUAACUGUACCCAGUCAGGAUGUCAGUCAGGAAGUAGUGGUGGACUAGGUCAUGGAUGUAUUUCAGGUCAGUGCUCUGGAUAUGGUCAAUAUGAGUCUAGCUCCUGCAGCCAGUCUUCUAGUCAGGAAGAAUAUGGAUCUAGAGCAUGUGGUCAAACACAGAACUGUGGAAGACAACAGAGAACAGGUUCAAGUCAGUCCUCUUGCUGUGAACAAUAUGGGUCUGGAACAAGUUCACCUUCUAGCUAUGGUCAACAUGGACCUAGUUCUAGUGGACACUUUUCAAACUCUCAUCAAAAAAGGCCAGGUUCAAGUGAAUUUUCUAAAUGUGGACAACAUGGGUCUGCCUCUGGGCAGUCCUCUGGCUUUGGACAACACAGAUCAGGCUCAGGUCAAUCCUCUAACCUUGGAUAUGGCUCUGGUUCAUGCCAGACCUCUGGUUUUGGACAACAUGAGUCUGGCUCAGGACAGUCCUCUUGCAUUGGCCAACAUGGGUCAAGCUCAGGACAGGCCUCUGGCUUUAGAGAGCAUAGGUCUGGCUCAGGAAAGUCCUCUGGCUAUGAACAAUAUGAAUCCAGCUCAGGUCAGUCUUCUAGCUUUGGAAAACAGGAAUCUGGUUCAGAACAGUCCUCUGGUUUGGGUCAGCAUGGGUCUAGCUCAGGACAGUCCUCUGGUGUUAGAAAACAUGGGUCUGGCUCAGAGCAGUCAUCUGGUGUGAAACAGACCUCCGGCUUUGGAGAACACAGAACUGGCUCAGGACAGUCCUUUGGUUCUGGACAACAUGGGUCUGGUUCUCAUCAAUCUUCCUCUGCAAAACAUAGAUAUGGCUCAGGUCAAUCUUCUAGCUUUGGAUAUGGAUCUAGUAAACAUCAAUCUCCUGCCUCUGGGACUGGCUCAGGUCAUUCUUUGGAAUUUGAGCAACAUGAGUCUAUAUCAGGUCAGUCUACCUACGGCAAACAUGGUUCCAGGUCAAGGAAAUCCUCCAGUUCUGGCUCUAGGUCAUCUUCAGGCAAGUCCUCUACACAUAGUCAACAUGGAUCCAACUCAAGACAGUCAUCUAGCUAUGAUCAACAUGAAUUGACCUCAUGUCAAUCCUCUGGCUAUGAUAAACAUGACCCUAGGGUACAGGAAAAAGAACGCUAUGAGACUAGUUCAGGAAAAGGGUCUCCAAAAUCUGGAACGACAAUAUCAGAUUCAGCUGAGAGUCAAACAAGGGAAAGAGCUGAAGGGAGACAGGGAAAAACUCAAAGACAGUCAGGAGACAGGAGUACACAUGGACACUCCAGUCAUGGACAAGCCACCAGGACAGAAUCCAGUAAGACUGAAAGAGGGGAUUCUAGUGUCAGUGAGACCAAUGACACUGAAAGGCACUCAGGAGCACCACAGACACACGCAGGAUCCUCUCAUAGUCACUCUGGAUCUCAACAUGGAGAGUCAGGAUCCACAGCUAGAGGGAGACAGGGCCAGUCAGGAGACACCAGGGGACAUAGUGGGUCUGGGCAUGGUCAAACCACCAGGACAGAAUCCAGUAAGACUGCAGGAAGGGGAUCUAGUGUCAGUGAGGCCAGGGACACUGAAAGGUACUCAGGAACCUCAGAGACACACGCAGGAUCCCCUCAUAGCCACUCUGGAUCUCAACAUGGAGAGUCAGGAUCUACAGCUAGAGGGAGACAGGGAACUAGUCAUGGCCAGUCAGGAGAUGCCAGGGGACAUAGUGGGUCUGGGCAUGGUCAAGCCACCAGAACAGAAUCCAGUAGGACUACAAGAAGGGGAUCUAGUGUCAGUGAGGCCAGUGACACUGAAAGGCACUCAGGAGCCCCACAGACACACACAGGAUCCCCUCUUAGCCACUCAGGAUCUCAACAUGGAGAGUCAGGAUCCAUAGCUAGAGGGAGACAGGGAAGUAGUCAUGGCCAGUCAGGAGAUACCAGGGGACAUAGUGGGUCUGGGCAUGGUCAAGCCACCAGGACAGAAUCCAGUAGGACUACAAGAAGGGGAUCUAGUGUCAGUGAGUCCAGUGACACUGAAAGGCACUCAGGAGCCACACAGACACACACAGGAUCCCCUCAUAGCCACUCUGGAUCUCAACAUAGAGAGUCAGGAUCUACAGCUAGAGGGAGACAGGGAACUAGUCAUGGCCAGUCAGGAGAUACCAGGGGACAUAGAGGGUCUGGGCAUGGUCAAGCCACCAGGACAGAAUCCAGUAGGACUACAAGAAGGAGAUCUAGUGUCAGUGAGGCCAGUGACACUGAAAGGCACUCAGGAGUCCCACAGACACACACAAGAUCCCCUCAUAGCCACUCAGGAUCUCAACAUGGAGAGUCAGGAUCCAUAGCUAGAGGGAGACAGGGAAGUAGUCAUGGCCAGUCAGGAGAUACCAGGGGAUAUAGUGGUUCUGGGCAUGGUCAAGCCACCAGGACAGAAUCCAGUAAGACUACAGGAAGGGGAUCUAGUGUCAGUGAGGCCUGUGACACUGAAAGGCACUCAGGAACCUCACAGACACAUGUAGGAUCCCCUCAUAGCCACUCUGGAUCUCAACAUGGAGAGUCAGGAUCUAUAGCUAGAGGGAGACAGGGAACUAGUCAUGGCCAGUCAGGAGAUACCAGGAGACAUAGUGGGUCUGGGCAUGGUCAAGCCACCAGGACAGAAUCCAGUAAGACUGCAGGAAGGGGAUCUAGUGUCAGUGAGACCAGUGACACUGAAAGGCACUCAGGAACUUCACAGACACAUGCAAUAUCCCCUCAUAGCCACUCUGGAUCUCAACAUGAAGAGUCAGGAUCUAGAGCUAGAGGGAGACUGCGAACUACUCAUGGCCAGUCAGGAGAUACCAGGGGACAUAAUGGGUCUGGGCAUGGUCAACCCACCAGGACAGAAUCCAGUAAGACGUCAGGAAGGGGAUCUAGUGUCAGUGAGGCCAGUGACACUGAAAGGCACUCAGGAGCUACACAGACACACACAGGAUCCCCUCAUAGCCACUCUGGAUCUCAACAUGGAGAGUCAGGAUCUACAGCUAGAGGGAGACCAGGAAGUAGUCAUGGCCAGUCAGGAGAUACCAGGGGACAUAGUGGGUCUGGGCAUGGUCAAGCCACCAGGACAGAAUCCAGUAGGACUACAAGAAGGGGAUCUAGUGUCAGUGAGUCCAGUGACACUGAAAGGUCUGGGCAUGGUCAAGCCACCAGGACAGAAUCCAGUAGGACUACAAGAAGGAGAUCUAGUGUCAGUGAGGCCAGUGACACUGAAAGGCACUCAGGAGCUACACAGACACACACAGGAUCCCCUCAUAGCCACUCUGGAUCUCAACAUGGAGAGUCAGGAUCUACAGCUAGAGGGAGACAGGGAAGUAGUCAUGGCCAGUCAGGAGAUACCAGGGGACAUAGUGGGUCUGGGCAUGGUCAAGCCACCAGGACAGAAUCCAGUAGGACUACAAGAAGGGGAUCUAGUGUCAGUGAGUCCAGUGACACUGAAAGGCCCUCUGAAGCCCCACAGACACACGCAAGAUCCCCUCAUAGCAACUCUGGAUCUCUACAUGGAGAGUCAGGAUCUAAAGCUAGAGGGAGAAAAGAAACUAGUCAUGGCCAGUCAGGAGCCACUCUGGAUCUCAACAUGGAGAGUCAGGAUCCACAGCUAGAGGGAGACAGGGAACUAGUCAUGGCCAGUCAGGAGAUACCAGGGGACAUAGUGGGAAUCAGCGUGGUCAAGCCAUCAGGUCUGAAUUCAGUAGGUCUCCAAGAAGUGGAUCCAAUGUCAGUGAAUCUAGUGAUAAUGAAAGGCACUCAAGAGGGUCAUCAAGGAACUCAGUUUCUAGCCAUGUACAUUCCAGGUCUUUUCCUAAACACACAGUUUCUGAUACAACUGGAAGAACCUAAAGGAGACAAAUCUACAUAUUCAGGCUCUGUUCAAGGGCAGAACACAUCUUCCCAUAAGCAGGAAGGAACUGACACAAUAGAGAGACAUGGGUCCAGCCAUACACAGUCACAUGAAACUCAUAGGCAGUCCAAGGACAGCAUAAGGAAACAGUUACAUAGCAGUCAUCACCGAUCUAGAGUAAGUCAUUCCCAGUCUCAGAGUAGUGGAAGACACCGACAUGGAUCAGGUCAAGGUUGGAAACAUGGCAGUUAUGGGAGUGCAGAAUAUGACUAUGGGCAGUCUGGGUUUGGACCUUCUGGAGGUAGCAGAACAAGCAGCCGCAAUUCUAGCCCUUUGAGGUCAUUGGAUCUAGCUGCAAACAAUCACAUUUCUACCGGUGGACAAUCAGUUCCUACAUUUGACCAUACAGGAUCAAAAGCAACCGAAAUAAUAGGAAGACAAAGUUCAAGUCAUGGACAGCCAACUUAUUCCCAUAAUCAGUCUGAAACCAAUGUAAGUAGAAGGCAGGGAUAUAUUCAUGGGUAUUCAGCAGUAAAUCAUGAACCACCAAGUGACACCCAUUUUCAAUCUGGGAUGCAUAGACAGCCAAGCAGCCAUUCUGUACCCAUCCAUGGACAGUCCAUAUCAGCUCACAGCUAUUCAGAAUCUAGUUCAACUCUAGGGCAUGGAUCCCAUAGUGAUAAUAAAGAGCAUUCAGAAGAUUGGGGGGAACAGAUUCAUGAACCAUCAGAGUCUAGGCAUGGACAGUCAGAAUUCAACAAUGUAGGUAUACUUGGAUCCAGCCAGGAGAAUGUGGGAGAUAUAUCUUCUAAUGAGCAGGUAAGAUCUAGCACAAGUUUAGGAAGACAGGGAUCAAUUACGAGACAACCAGGAGACAUCCAAGGUCAAUCUGGAUUCAGCACCAAUGAAAGAAAUGUAUAUAACCUUGGACAAUCAAGUGACAGCUAUAGGCAGUCAGUUGACAGCAGAAGCAAAAGUCAAGGAUUCAUUUCUAGUCACUCUCAUGAUAGCCAAGACCCUACAGGAACUGAAGAAUAUGGGUAUAGAUAUUCAUCAGGCAGUACAAUCAUGUGGAGGGGGGGGAAGCAAAAGCAAGGGCCUGAAUCAAAUUUGUUAGGAAGCAUCAGAAUAUAUUGUCAGGAUAUGGAUGAUAAGCAGGCAGGAAACAUGGAUGCCAAAGGUUGCCAUAAAAGGGAGAGAACAGAAUCAGGUUCCUUUUACUUAGAUAGCAACACUCCACUCUAUGAAUAUGUCCAAGAACAAAGGUGUUAUUACUUUGAAUAA